AUGAUCAAGGCGAUGGGAAGCAACAAAAUUGGUAAAACAUGUCCUUCAAAACUAGAAACAACAAUAUUAGAGACCAAUGGAAUUGCUUCAGUACAAGUUAAAUACUGGAAAACAGACUGUGGGCAUGCUCAAGAAAUUGGACGAUUGAAGAUAGAUAAAGAGAACAGAGCAAUGAUUGCAGGUGAUUUUUCAAAUUUUGUUUUUAUAUGUGAUGUUCAAAAUGUUUGGAAACGGUCAUUAGACUAUUUGGCAUUAAUAAACCAUAAUCUCGUUACUUGGAAGCAUAUUUUGGAUUUUAUUCGUGAAGGUGAAAUUACUGAUAAUACUAAUCAACGAAUACUUCCUUUUGAACGUCAAGAUUUAACUAAUAUAUCCCGUGACUUUAAUAUUAAUUAUGCUACAAGAAGACAUAAAAAUGAUGCAGUCAGUGUUAACCUAUGGGUCAACGAACUGAAAAGUCAGUUUAAAGAAGAUUGUCCUAUUCUUUACUAUAAAGCCCAAGAUGAAGAUGACAUUUUUUUAGAGAGAAAAGAUUUUGCUCUUAUUCUAAUGACAAAAUUCCAAGCAAAACAAAUACUGAAGUUUGGUCCCAAUAAAAUUUGUAUCGACGGGACUCAUGGGACUAAUGCUUAUGACAUUCAGCUAUAUACCAUUAUGACAGUCGAUGAAUAUGGAACAGGAUACCCUGUCGCAUUUUGUUUUUCAAACCGAGUACAUGAGACUAUAUUUAAAUUGUUUUUUAAUCAAAUUAAAACUAAGGUUGGCAUCAUAAAAUCCAAAGUAUUUAUGUCGGAUGAUGCACCAGCAUUCUACAAUGCUUGGGUCGUUGUCAUGUGGCCUGCUGAACAUAGGCUCCUAUGUACUUGGCAUGUCGAUAGAAAUUGGAGAGAUAAUUUGUGUAAGAUUAGUGGAGGAUCUGAAAAAAAAUCACUCGUUUACAAAACCUUGAGAGUAUUGUUACAAAUGACAUCUAUUUAUGAGUUUAAAAUUUCUCUUGAUCAAUUUAUAAAUGACUUAUUAGAAGACAAUGAUACUGCAGCAUACGGAUCAUAUUUCGUACAACAUUACUCAAAACGUUCAGAAGUCUAG